ACCAGUCCAUCAUGUAAGGCAACUAAAAUCUUCUUUAAAUGUCUCUUCCCUAAUCGGGUUUGAAUGGUCGAGUUCGUACAUGCGGAGAAGAAGAUAAUGGAGAGCAACGGAGAGAACAAUAAAGUCGAGAGACAAUCAUCAUCCUUCAGGCUUCGAAGCCCAAGCCUAAACGCUCUCCGUCUCCAACGCAUUUUCGACUUGUUCGACAAAAACGGCGACGGUUUCAUCACCCUCGAUGAGCUAAACCAAGCUCUCUCCCGUCUCGGUCUCGACGCCGAUCUCUCCGACCUCAAAUCCACGGUGGAGUCCUACAUUCAGCCUGGAAACACCGGUCUCGACUUCGACGACUUCUCCUCCCUCCACAAGACCCUCGACGAGUCCUUCUUCGGCGGAGCAGGAGAUUGCGAUGAGUCUUCGCCGGAGUCCGCCGCCGCAGAGGAGGCGGAUCUCGCGGAGGCGUUUAAGGUGUUCGACGAGAAUGGCGACGGGUUUAUCUCCGCUAGGGAGUUGCAGGCGGUUUUGAAGAAGCUUGGGUUGCCUGAAGGAGGAGAGCUGGAGAGAGUGGAGAAGAUGAUCGUCUCCGUUGACCGGAACCAAGAUGGUCGCGUUGACUUUUUCGAGUUCAAGAACAUGAUGCGCAUUGUCGUCAUCCCUUCUUCUUGAUUUUCAUUAAACAAGUUUAUUUUUCCGACAUGAUUAUUUUCUUAUUUCUUUUGGUUUUCAUUUUCUCAACUGAAUUUAUUUCACGUAAUUUCAAAAUUUAGAUAGAUUUAUUUUAUCUAUACACAAAACACUCGUUAUUUGUUA